AGGUAGGUGAGUGGUAAGUGGAUGCUAUUUGUAGAAGCUGCAUGGACGCUCCUCGUCGGCCGAUUCGGCAACGUCCGAGACCUCGACCCUCUCUCUCUGACCUAAAGUGUGAUGUCGCCACAGAUCCACAGACCUCUACACCCGGAUUGAUUGCAGCAGUCAUAGUCAUUAGCAGCAGGAUCCGAGGAGACAGACGUCUUUAGCAUCUUGCCUUCCUGUGAAGAGGGCUGUCCUGCCGUUGAGGUUCUGGAAGAGUCUCUCGACGUAAGAUUCGGGUCAAGGAUCGUCAGACCGGGUCGACAUCACGAGCAAUGUCGGGAAUGAGUUCCGAGCGAUAAUUGCCCAUUGCCCACACUUACCCCAACUUCCCAGAAGAUGCCUGCUUCCUCACCUCACCUCGUUCCUCACCUCGAGCUGCCGUUGAGAAGACGUCAACUUCUGCAACCCGAGCUGCCACCAGCCCUUAUUAUCCCACAUUGCACGCUCGGAAUGCAAAACUGGCUCUUGCCCCGGUCCGUCUUCCCCCGGUCGACCUGUUCUUCAUGCCCACCAUGGCCGAUAUCCCGUUCGGUCAUCUCACACCUCGCCAUGAACGCUGGACUCGAUGAAUUAUCCAAUCAUCCGGAAGCGGGUAGCAUAGCCGACCAUCUCGAAAGCCGCAACGAUCGGAAGUCCAGCCGAGGCCCGAAUCCGAGAGUCACGGACAAGUCGACGGCGUUCGCUUAUUAUCAAACUGGCACUCAUGGGCCUCAGUUCGGUUAUCGUCUGGUUUUGGUCGAGGAGGGGAACGACGUCGACUUUGUCUCCGAACAGGUCAACGCUAGGGGUCCGAUAUCGGGCGAUACGGCCGAGAUGCUGGUCUUCCCUUUAAACUCAAUGAAGGAUGGGCUAGGGGAGAUGAUCGUGCUACCAGAACGGGGGGAUCGGCCGCAGGCGUCGGGGUCAAGGUCGAAUGAUGAUGGUGAUGCCGACGAUACCGACAAGCGGACUAUCGAGUAUGUCCUCAACUCCAGCCUCCUCGACAACGACAUACACAUCGAUCUCCCGACCUUCCAACCCGGGACGAUCGCCAAGAAGCUUCAAGAGCGAUGUCGAACGCAGCAGACGAGCCUGUUGACUCUGGGCAGUUACAUGCAGAAGAUCACUUAUAGCGGUGUCUCCACGUCCGGGGAAAACGCUUCAAGGCGAAUCCUCAUCAUCAUCCGAAGUCGAAACUCGCUGGAGGAGGUCGAGGACGACAUCUUGAGUUGGAUCAAUGGUCGAGCUUCAGGAUCUGUAGAACAGGGUUCAGGGGUUUGUUUGAUCUUCGAGGAGAGGGGGGCCGGGAUGGUCGUCUUCCGAUGA